AUGGUUGCAUUUUUCUACCACGACGGAAAGGAUACUCCUGAAAACUUCACCGACGAGCACAACUCGGGCGAGCCGGUAUCUCCUGAAAAGCUUGGCGAACUAGGAAUUUUGUACAAGUAUAUAGAUACCGUAGAAGACUUGGAGGCUAUCGCAAAGGAAAGAGACUACAAAAACAGAGACCAAGUAGUCCUUAACAUCGAGACCUUCGGUGGUGACCAAGACGCCUACCAGGCCAAGAUGCGCCAGUUCUACACAGAGCACUACCAUGAGGACGAGGAGAUCAGAUACAUCAAGGACGGCGAGGGCUACUUUGAUGUCAGAGACAAAGGCGACCGCUGGAUCCGUGCCUGUGUCCAAAAAAACGAUUUGUUGAUCUUACCCGCUGGUAUCUACCAUAGAUUCACAUUGCUGAGCCGGUUGCAAAACGUCACCGCCCUUCGGUUGUUCAAAGAUGAGCCCAAAUGGGAGGCCAUCAACAGAUCCGAAAACAGAAACACACCUGCGCGUGUCGAAUAUUCCAACUCAAUUUCUGUCAACUGA